CAGCCCAGCUUCAGAAAGGAAGCACACCCUCCAGUCUCUCGCCUUCUCAUCCCGGCACCGACAGUGAUUGUGGUGGAGGAAAAAUACACCCACCAACCCUCCUUUGAUGAUGUCCACUGAGCAAAUGCAGCCACUGGAGCUCUCGGAAGACGGACUGGACAAGCUUGACCCUUGUUGCAACCACUUAGAUGAUCUUUCAGACCAGUUCAUUAAGGACUGUGAUCUCAAAAAGCAGCCAAGAAAGGGAAAAAAUGCACAGGUCACGCUGAACGUUGAGUCAGAACAAAAAAAACCAAGGAGAAAAGAUACGCCAGCCCUGCACAUCCCGCCUUUUAUACCAGGUGUGUUUUCAGAACAUUUAAUUAAAAGAUAUGAUGUCCAAGAGAGACAUCCAAAGGGCAAAAUGAGUCCCUCUCUUCAUAACACUGACCUGGAACAGAAGAAGCCAAGGAGAAAAGACACACCUGCCCUGCAUACAUCCCCUUUUGCAGCAGGUGUGACACUGCUCACGGACGAGAGACCCAAAAUGAUCAUGGAAGAUGACGAAAAGGAUGGUGACAAGAUAGCUAUUUAAAGAGAUUUCCCCUAGGACCGCUUGUAAAUAGGCUAGAUUGGUUCCCUAUGGUGACCUAGAAGAAAAUAGACUUGUUUCUGCUCUCAUUUUGUCAUUGUCUGCCUUAAGAUCCAUGCACCUUUUCCCCAGGAGACACGCUGUAUCAGAUUGCCAGUCACCUCUUUGUCUCUCUUCUUCCUUGAAUCUGGUUUCUAUUCUCACCUCUUGAAUUUUCAUUUUCCAAUGCAGUGGAAAGGAAGCAGAUCAUCCUAAAUUAGGAGGUAACAGGGAAAACUUUAGUGUUUAGUUUCUGCAUCUGCUAGAUCAAUUAAUGAAGCAAAGAACAUGGAUAAGAUGGGGAUCUUUUAUUUCUUGGCUUAUGCUGCUGGGCAGGACUUGGCUUAACAUUAUCCAAACACCAGUUCAAGUGUGGGCUCCCUGUUACCAGUUAGGGAGGUGAGAAUGUUUGGGUUCAAAUUCACUGAUUGCUUUGGAGAACAUGGACUUUUUCUCUUAUCCUAUCUCGAGAGUCCAAGUGUUUGUGGUGACAUUUCUAAGAUCUUUGUAACUAAUACCCUCAAGGUGAAUACAUGAACUGGGCAAGUCAACUCAGCCAACCAUACCUUGGCUGAAAACACCAGAGGUAGAGAAUGCUGGUCUAUCUGGGAAGCUUAGCAAUAUAUCUUAUUUAUUGUUAUCUUUUAAAACAGUUCUCAACCCUGUUGUCUUGAUGUAUGUGAGUUGUGUCACAAGUGAACCAUUACUAAUGAUAGGUAAAACACCAACAUUUGUGAUGAAUUUACUUUUUAAAAAAUUAAUUAAGGUCAAUGGAAGGCCAUUCCUAUAUUUUUAGCAUUCUCACUUGCUUGGCCCCCAUACGCUUUCUUGGAUGGGAGGGAAAGAUGUGGGGUGAGCUCGUGAGCAGGAACCUAUAUAUAACCCCUGCCCCAGCCUGCAGUCUGUGGGUGCCAUGGAAAGGUUUUACAUGAGGGCCUCAUCCACCAGGUGAUGGACAUGGGAAAAGGUGAAGACUAUUGUUCAAAGGUAGAAAGGUGGAUAUUUUAACAAAUCUGCCUAAAAGUGAUCAUUUGGAAUCUCUGUAUAUACCCUGUCUCCAGCAGUUUGUUAAUCCUUCUGUCUUCCUGUACUCUUCACAACAGUGGAAAAGAUGCAGGAUCCUGCUGGUAAUAAAGAUGCU